UCCAUAGCUUCCGGGCUGGCAGGGCUCAGAUUUACAAUUUUACUCCAUUUUUUUUAUCCGUUUUUAUGACAGACCUGGAGUUGUGAUUUAUAGCCAAAUACACAGUGUUGAUAGACAAUCUCAAUGUAAUGUCCGAGCUCUGGGUGGAGGGUUAAAUAAAGGUCCACUCCCGCAGCGACGCAGGCGGAGCGCUGGAGGAAAGAGGUCUGGUUGUCUUGCUGCCCAAAGGAACCACCGCCUGCAACCUUCAGGCUCAGAGGAAAGUCAAAAUAUUUAAGGAGCAGUGACGCUGCUUCUGGUUCACCUCCAGCAUUGACUUGUACUCCAAGAUGAAGUUGAAGGAGGAUAUGAAUCCCCUGCUUCUGCAGGUCUUUCGCUCCGUGGUUUGGGUCUACUCUGUCAUCACCUUCAUACCAUGGUACUUCUUCUCCGGAGCUGGCAGCAACUUGGAGCGGGCUCGCCGGAUCAAGGCACGCUCAGUUAGUAGACACCCAGCAGGGCCUUACAGGGCCAUCAACAACCAAGACAAGCUGGUGGCAUGGCAGCACCCCGGUGUGGACACCCUGGACAAAAUGUUUGAAUAUGCUGCAGUGAGGUUUCCGCAGAGAGACUGUCUGGGCACCAGGGAGGUGCUCAGUGAGGAGGAUGAGCUCCAGCCUAAUGGCAAGGUCUUCAAGAAGGUAAUUCUAGGGAACUAUAACUGGCUGUCCUACGAGGGAGCUUAUCAUGCGGCAAAGUGUUUCGGCAGCGGCCUGGCAGCUCUCGGCCAGAGGCCCCAGUGUAACAUCGCCAUCUUCUGUGAGACCAGAGCAGAGUGGAUCGUGGCAGCGCAAGCGUGCUUCAUGUACAAUUUCCCACUCGUGACCCUGUACGCCACUCUCGGACCCACGGCCAUCUCCCACGGUCUGAACGAGACCGAGGUCACGCACAUCAUCACAAGCAAAGACCUGCUUCAGAGCCGCCUCAAGGCCAUACUGUGUGACGUGCCGAGGCUGCAGUAUGUCAUCGUCGUCGACAGUAAACCCACGAGCUGGCCAAACAUCCCCAGAGGCAUUAUGAUCUACAGCAUGGACGCCGUGAAGGAGAUGGGAUCCAAGCCUAACAAUAUGGCAGUAGACCGCAGACAGCCAGAGCCCUCGGACAUCGCCGUCAUCAUGUACACCAGCGGCUCCACAGGCAUCCCCAAGGGUGUCAUGAUCUCCCAUGGCAACAUCAUUGCUGGAAUCACUGGCAUGGCUGAGCGGAUUCCAAACCUCAAUGAAACAGACACCUACAUCGGCUACCUGCCGUUGGCUCACGUAUUAGAGCUCAGCGCUGAACUGGUGUGCAUCUCACAUGGCUGUCGCAUCGGCUACUCCUCUCCUCAGACUCUAGCCGACCAGUCCACCAAGAUAAAGAAGGGCAGUAAAGGGGAUACUAGCGUGCUGAAACCUACUCUCAUGGCUGCUGUACCAGAGAUCAUGGAUCGAAUCUACAAGAAUGUGAUGACCAAAGUGGAGGAGAUGAGCAAAUUCCAGAAGACACUCUUUGUGCUGGCUUAUAACUACAAGAUGGAGCAGAUCUCCAGGGGCUACAGCACACCUCUCUGUGACAGUCUGGUGUUCAAAAGGGUGCGUGCACUGUUGGGAGGCAACACGCGGGUGCUGCUUUCUGGCGGAGCUCCACUCUCGGCUGCCACACAGCGCUUCAUGAACAUCUGCCUGUGCUGCCCCGUGGGCCAGGGCUACGGCCUGACAGAGACCUGUGGAGCUGGCACCAUCAGUGAGAUGUGGGACUACAGCACAGGACGGGUUGGUGCUCCGCUGGUUUGCUCUGAGAUCACACUGAAGGACUGGGAGGAGGGUGGUUACUACAGCACAGACAAACCAAACCCAAGGGGGGAAAUUUUGAUUGGUGGUCCCAACGUGACGAUGGGUUACUACAAAAAUGAAACUAAGAACCGCGAUGACUUUUUUGUGGAUGGGAACGGCCAGCGAUGGUUCUGCACCGGAGACAUCGGAGAGUUCCACCCUGACGGAUGCCUCAAGAUCAUUGACCGUAAGAAGGACCUGGUGAAAUUGCAGGCAGGCGAGUACGUCUCUCUAGGAAAAGUGGAGGCUGUUCUGAAGAACUGCUCACUCAUAGACAACAUCUGUGCCUACGCCAACAGUGACCAGUCGUACGUGAUCAGCUUUGUGGUGCCUAACCACAAGCAGCUAAUGGCGGUGGCAGAGCAGAUGCAGGUGAGGGGCACGAUGGAGGAGAUCUGCAACAACCCCCAGAUGGAGAAAGAGGUCCUCAGCAUCAUCACUGAGGCUGCUAUAUCAGGAAAACUGGAGCGAUUUGAGAUCCCCAAGAAGAUCCGUCUGAGUGCUGAGCCCUGGACACCAGAAACUGGCUUGGUCACUGACGCAUUCAAACUAAAACGCAAGGAGCUUAAAACACACUACCAGGAAGACAUUGAGAGGAUGUACGGUGGAAAAUAACCCACAGACACACUCCAAAACAACACGGAAACACAUACACAUGUAUACUUGCACACAUACACAAGGAGCUCAGAAGCCACUACCAGGGCUACUUGCAGAGGAGUUCAACAUAAGAUAACGUUAACACUCACACACAUUAAUACAGACACAUAAAGCGCCUCAUGCACCACCUCCUCGGCUUCCCUGCGACCAGCUUCGAUCAACAGAGGGAGGGAGGGAGGGAGGGAGGGGGGGAAGAAAAAAAACAAACUUGAAUCCCGCUUAAUGCUCUCUGUGAAGACCAGAAGGCAGAAAGGUCCCACACAGACUACUGAAACCAGCCAAGAACGUGCACGGUGCAACGCAACUCGCCGCUCAUCUUUGACGGAUCUAGCCCUUUUAAGUUGCUAUGACAACCGAGGCAGCACACGGAGUCAGACGUCUGCAUGACUCGAAGUGAAACAAAAUGUCAGGCUAGAUGUGUCUGGAUCAGUGUCAGCGCACCCUCUCUGUUGCUUCUCCUUCUCCUGCCCCCCUGCUCUCUGGAGCCUCCCACCAGUUCAGCAUGGUCUUGGACUGAUAGUGCAGAUACCUGGCAGGAAAAUGGGGGUAGCAUGAGCCCGAUAGAGGGAUCCCGCCUGGGCUUUAAGUAACAUUCAGGUUGGAAUCUAUGCAGGGAUCUCGUUAAAUCUUUUAAAUUGAUUUUAUUUGGGGUUUUUUUUUUAAAUCUGUGAUGCUAUGUUUCCUCCAUGUUUAGUUUAUUAGCUUCGAAACCAAUCUGAUGAGUGUUUUUGUGUGUGUAAGGAUUUGGCGGCCAUGAGAGAUUGAGCAUUAUUAAAGGAAACAUUUUCUAUUGUUUUUUUUACCAUUAUUUUAUGGGUGCAUUAUUCCGAGGGUUUUUAUUUCUUUAUCCUCCUGUUUUUUAUUGCCAAUUUGUUUACGCUAAUUAUAUUUUAAUGAACUUUGUUUACUAGCUUUUUUUUUUUUGUCUAUAUCUCCCCUUAUUUGCCUGUGUUCCAAAGUUUGUACUUUUUGAGUGUGUGUUUACUGACUUGACAAGUAGAAGUCUUCAGUCCCUUCUGCUUUCGGCCUUUGCAGCAGGGUCAAACAUCAAUUGUAAAAGGCAACCAUUGAGAAUUUUUUCCAUUCCUGCUCAUUAACCCCCCCCAAGCUUAAAUUUUUUUCAAUGUCUUAGCAGCCCCUGGAUGCCUCCCAACCUGUGUCUUAUUGGUUAUUCUGUUAGUCCGUUGACAUACUGUAGCCCUGCCACAUCUGCCACGUAUUCCUCCAGUCAUGACCAAUGCAUCGCAUGGACGUCUCCAAGGGAAGGUAGCCUGUAGGAAAAUAGUUAGCCUUCAGUGGUUGUUCCUCCCAGUUUCUGUACAUUUUAUCCUUUUUUUUGCCAUAGGUUACGAAUACAUAGCUGCUGUUACCUUUUUUUUUUUUACUUCUAAAUAUGAAAUAUAAAAUGAAUGUGCAAUAUUUAUACACAAAUUUUAAAAAGUAUGUAGGAAGGAAAAACGCACAUACAGAAGCCCCUCCAUAGUGUAUGAAUGUUUAGGCCUGUCCACUUCAGUGCAUAUUAGAAGACUUGUAGGGGACAUCAGCAUAGGAAUAAAGAAGAGGAUGGUAGAGAGACACUGACAGGGAAGUCUAGAUGUAGCCCACUUGAACGUACUGUGCUAAAUAAUGUAAUGUCCUUUUUAAUAAGACUGUAAAGUGAAAAAAAAUCUCAUAUUUGGCAUUGUAGAAAUCGCAUGAUGAAAAGCGUGCGACUGUACCAAAGCGCUUGAAUAUGCAUUUGAGAGAAAAACGAGAGUCGCACUCCAGUCGAACAACUGAAGAAACUCCUUAUGAACACACUCCUUAUUUAAUAGUGAGUAAUAUAGCAAAAGCUCACUUGACCUCAUAGAGUGCGAGUAACAUUUCUGUGUCUUCAAUUUGGUUUAUGUGUAUGUUACUGUAUGUGCAAUGUAUAUAAAAAGGUCAACUGCCAUUUAUUUAAACUCCUGUACAAUAUUCUAUACAUUCAUUACUGUAGGCUUUCAGAUUGGUGGGGAUAUUCUCUGUAUGAAGGACACCCUUGCUUCAGUCUUUAUUUCUUCUCUCAAUGGGCAGAAGAUGAAAUAAUGUUCGGUCAGUGGUCCUUUGUAAGGGCAACAUCUGUCCCACAGCUGCCCUCUCGGUAUGCAGAAAUCCUGCUUUGCAUUAACUGAAGACAUUUAGCAUUGAUAACAGGUACAGGCACUCACUCGAACUACUUCUCUUAUCAUAUGUCUACUGGCUCAACGCAGAAGGGGGUUAUUUUAGCAUGUACAAAUUUGACAAACGCUGUCAUGACGAGGUGGGAACUCAUUCCUCCCUUCCUGUUUUUUUAUAACGUGUCUCUCUCCUGACAUUUCAGUGGAAAGUCAGUAGCUUAAUGUGCUGUUUUGCUGCUUUUCCUCUGCCUGGCUAGAGGCAGCUAGUUGCCUUCUGACACACAUGAGCUGUCUUCAGGGGUCUUAAGAAUGUGAAGCGCUCCCUGGGUUUUUGUUGAUAGCACACAUGUCCAUGUCCUAAUACACCCAUUUGUACAUCCAAUGGCGAGGCAAAGACAGCGGGUGGUGCGAAGAUGAAUUUUUACCUUCGCUGUUGUUUUAUUUUUUUUGUUGCUUGGGUUGUAAAUAAGUUGAGAGAGGAGGGGAUCAGUGAUCAAACUACAUUCAAUCUACCAAUAAUUGUACAGUUGUAAAGUAUCCUGCUAACAUAUUUAAUAAUCUUUGUUACUGACCAUUUUUUUUGGGGGGGGGGAUCUCCUCCUUGUUUUGUGUGGUUAAGUGACCCAGCAAGUCAGGUUAUUGCAAGUGUCUCCUUCCUUUUAUUUAUUUGUGAUUUGGCCUUGAAAAAUAUGUAAUGAAAUAAAAAAGUUUGUGUUGUAAUUACUGUCA